CAACCUUAUCAAACCAAAUCAUACGGCAAGGAUGGCCGACAACUCAUUCUCGUUCAUCGACCAACUUCGACCCUGUCUUCAUACCUGCUUCCCCUGCUUCGGACAACGCUCGAGUAACUCAGCAGAACCAGCUCAUCAUAAAUAUUUCCCAGACUCAGACCAUCGCGGAUUAUUGGAGGAGGAGGAGGAAGGAGACGAGGAACAGGGCAUCCACUCACCUCCUCUCUCAGAAUACCAGUUUCAAUCGAACUCACAACUCUCUCGUUGGGACCUACUCAUCAGUUGGCUAUCCAGUAAAACAUCUUCAUCAUCAAAGCCAACUCGCCCCUUCGAUGUUGACGAUCUCCAAACCUCGGCCCUGUCCCAUAAUGGCGAAGCUGAUGCGCUGCUUCUCGACGACAUCUCUAUUGCACUCAGGGCACGCUCCUCAUCUCGAAGGAUGUCUACCAAAUCAAAAUCAAACGCGCCUACUCUUCAUCAGCCACAAUCAAUACCCUCCCCAUCAGUCACGUCCAAUCAUCGUCGAAAAUCACGUAAUCCCGAACCUAAUAAUAGUAGUACUCCUAAUCAUAAUGGCUCUCGAUCAUCGAGCUCGGCUCCCGUCAAGAAGAAGGACACGCGCAGCUUGGUCGAAGACCCUCAACAGAAAUCACUCAAAGAUCUUGCAAGCCUAUCAUCAACCUCACACCCAAAGCGCAGCAAAUCACGUAGCAAGUCGAGCAAGCAAUCAUCCAGUGCAUACACCGAUGAGACAGUCGAGAGUGAGCCGAGAAGCGUGCCGAGUCUGAUCACCAGUCGAACGACGACUACCACGAGCUCAAGUAUUCCCUCCUCGGACAGACUCGAGUUGAACGUCGAGAUCAUCAAGUUCAUCCACCAGAACUACAACCAAGAGUGUCGGAGACUCUACGGCCGAGAUCUCAGCCGGCUACAGAUCCAACAGCUGUGUGAAUAUCUGAUCUCGAGAAGAUUCGAUGAUCCUGCCGGUCCUCGUCCCGGGCCAUCCAGUCCUGCUACUGGAGCCAUGCCAGCCGAGCCAGACGAUAAGAAGAGACAGGGAGAGACCGAUGACUCAGCAAAAGAGAAUCAGACCCCCCUGUCGGACUCUACACCCAGCCGACCAUCGCUUGAGAUAGAGAGUUUGAAACGGAUCCAGCUCUCGUCGACUGAAUUUUUGCAGGCCAUCAAACAGACCAAGACCAGUCACCACCACCACCAGCGACAACAACGACUUCAUCCAUCAGAGACGGACGACUCUGAAACUCAGUCUCUAAUGGAGGAUCCUAUCGAAGUCGAACUAGACCAAGAUCAAGACCUUUUCCUAUCCUCUUCCCUCCUCGAUUGGUUCACCAAAGGCUCUCAACUCACCUCUGAUAUCCUCAAUAAUUUAUCUGUCAAUCAGUCUUCUCCUUGAAUUUAAACCACCCUUCUUGAAAUCAUUCAAAGCAGCGCAUCCUUCCCUACCCUUCCACCCUGUUUUGUUUGCCUCUCUUCACUUUACUAAUCACUCCCUUGCAUCUUUUUUCUUCAAUUUGGUCCCCUUUUUUCCUCUAUCCUUUUUUUGGUUCUCGCUGUUGUUUGUUGUCCUCCUGAUGAGGGGAUUGAGUUUCAAGUUAAAAAUUUCCCAUUUCUUUUUAAUUUCCUUUAAUGCUUUAUUCUUACAUACAAAUCUAUUAUAUAUACAGACAUGCAUACUAUUUAUCCAUACAUCUACACAUUCUUACUCAAGUGCAACUGUUUUUGUUUUCUUUGGUAUCCUCUGAUUCGUUGAUGUAUCAUCACCAUUUCUUCCAGUCUUUGAGUAAUAGUCAACAAGUGAUAUGUAUCCUCCCACCAGUUUUAUUUUUGCAACUGAAUUUGUCUAUGCAUAG